CUUCACUGCCAAGUCGACUUCUGAGUCACAGAGACAAGUACGAGAAUAUUGUUAGCAUCGUUACAUACUGACCUAUCCUUUCAUCCUGCCUAACAAAGCGUCCCUUGCGAAGCUCAAGAGACUAGGCCGAUCGGAGUCCUCAGGCAAAACCGAUAUCGAAUCGUGGUUAGUCUCGACAAACACGUCGCACGAGAUGGACGGUGAGGAUACGAGCGGACAAUCAUGGACCAGAGAUCUCGUACAGGAGGACUGGCAAAAGGCUAUGCAAAUCGCUCAGGGAAGACUUUUAACCAGCAGUACCAGAAUUCGGCUGCAGUUCUUGCAGGAAGAACUCUUAUGGCUUGCGAACAACGGAGGAUUGAGCCUCAGGCAAAUCAUGGAUGUUUUUAAACUCCUGACGCAAACAUACCCCCGAUACGUUGAUAGCGCUUCCCGCGAUGCCGUAGAAGAAGUGGGAAUGUCGUUGAUUGAGAAGGAUGAGACGGCUGACGCUGGCCAAAAGUUGGGAGUCACAGAGCAAGUUCUAGGUUGGCUUGCAAACGAAGUAUCCCACAUGGCUAAGCGUGGUUCACCAAGCACAUACGCCCCUUCAAAUAUAUUCGUUCUCUUGAGCUGGACAUGUGGGCUUUAUGCAACGUGUCUGCGGUUUUCUCCUGGCUUUACUUCUUCUCCUCCAUGGAAAGUGCUUGUCGAAAUCUUCGCGACGCUUCUUGAUAUGCAGCUAAACCGAUCUACGCGAACAAAGCCAACUAUGCAGAAAAGUGCAUUUGUCCGUACACGCAGAGCCCUUCGGUCUGCACCAGAAGAACUUCCCACUCUCAUGGCGACACUCGUCGCUCAAGCAAAAUCUAGUCAAACUCCCCUCAUACAGAUUUCGUUGCUAAGUUCUGCUGUGGAUGUGACACUUCGUCUGAGAAAUGUGAAGGAUGAAUCCCUCACUCAAAUUCCUUCUGCGAUCAAGAAUGACAUCCUCGAUCUUUAUACGACUUGCGUUGUGAUGUCCAAAAAUCCUGUUCCAUCGCAUUCCUCUGGCGCGCUUCAUGACUUCAUAAGAACUUGUGUAACCUCCAGCGAUCUAACAGCGACUAUAUUGCCAACUAUGGAGAAGGCGCUUUUGCGAUCACCAGAAUAUUCACUAAGUGUGAUCGCCGAUUUUUUACUUGCGUAUUCUCAUGACCUCGACUCCGCCACAUUCAAAAAACUCUUCACUGCCUCCCUCAACUCCGCAAAGUCUAGCAACCCUACCGUGCGCACGAAUGCCACGGGGCUUUUCAGCGUCCUGAUCUCCAAGGACAUUAGCUCUAGCAGUGUCAAUGCAGCCCUCACGGAUAUUUUAACACUGCCCAAGGCUGGUAAAACUACAGGCCCAGAGCAUCGACUUACGCUUUAUGCAAUGCUCACCGCGAUGCCGCCAAGUGCUGAGGUGUCAGCCACUGUCGUGCAGAAUGUGCCUCAGCUGCUCGUGAAGGAAACCAAUGAGCCGGCUGUUGGGGUGUUGACAUCGAUCAUGGCGGUACAUCUCACCUUCAUCCUCAAGGCAAAUGUGGAAGUACCUACAGAUGCGACAACUAUGAUUGCGAAGGAGAUGACCAACACGAAGCCCGUCAUCAGGAGAGCUUUUGUAUCUAUCGCUGGGUCGGCGCUCUGGAACGUUGACAAGGUCGACACCGAUGCUGUUUUGGCUUUUUCAACGCGCAUCAUAAACGCUCUUGAAACGAACCUAAAGGUUGUGACCGCAAAUCCUCUGACUGCAGCAGUUGGUCCGUUGGAGGGAUAUGUUGCCCUUGCUCUGCUCAUGGGUCCUCUAACAAAUACAGGGAAGUUUGGCGAUAUCAUAGCUCGCAAUGCAUCCAUCGAAGUUCUGACUGGCACACAAGCCAAGCCGUCAUUCAUCAUCUCAGAUAAAGUAUAUCAAAAAUUAACAGACGUAGAAGAUGAAUUGUGGCUUCUACGUGCCGCGAACCUGUCUCUUUUCCGCCUGAAGAACGAGCUAGCUAAAAGCGAGCAGUUACGGUUGCAAAUCGGCUCAGUUUUUGUUCAUCUCUCCAUUCACUCACAGUCAUCUGAAGUUCGCAGGACAGCGAUUCAGACUAUCGAAGCGGCUGUUCAAUUACUCCCACAGCUUGUCAUUCCGAUCCUGCGUGAAGCGCUGACAGCUUCAUUGAUCAAAGAGAAGUCGGCUGUCGUCAAGAGUGCAUCAGUGACAGAAGAGACGGAAAAACCUGCCCCAGACAAUCAGCGAAGGUGUGCAGCACUGCUACUGUGCUGUAGCAAUAUUAAGGAUGAAACUGGCGCGGGCGAGAGAGACGAUCAACUAGUGGACCUCAUUGUUUUAGCACAUCACUCUGCCGUUUGUCGUCUACCCCGCAUGCUAUGGAUCGAGUUGUGCCAGAAGGCUGGCGUAGACCCGCACAAUUUAAUUUCUCGCCGUGUUGACCAAGCAAUGUCAAGCCUUUUGACAGCAUCCACCAUUGAUUCAAAGUUUGGUUUUGCGGACGCGAGCUACCGAGCAAUUAGCACAUUGGCGUUUGUAUGUCCCGAAAAUGUAUUACCAAAGAUCAUGGAGCAGUUACGUGCCGACAUCGACCCUUCGAAAAUCAAUGCACUGUCCGAGGCUGAGUUCGGUAUCUGGGAAACGCCAGAAGGCAUGACGUACGUAGAUGUCCUCUCCUUCCAGAAGGCCGAGGAAGGUCCUAAAAAGGGGAAAGAUGCCGACAUUGCCCGCUGGGAGGCCGAACUUCGUAAAUCGCUUGCGAACAAGAAGGGCGGUGCGACAGCUGUGCUGUCGAAGCAAGCCCAAGCACUCGUACAAGCACAGCUGGACAAGGAAGCAAUUGUGCGACAGCAGGUCACCACUAUCAAACUCAAUCUACAACGAGGGCUGUCGUACAUUCAGAGUUUAACGUCUAUCAAUGUCUCUGAGUUGCGCAUGUAUGUUUCUUCCAUUUUAUCACUCCUGUUGGAGGGAGCUAUGGGUCAAGGAUCGAGGUUGGUUGGGCCGCAAGCAUUUGAAGCUUAUUUGGACCUCGCCAAAUGCUGCUCAACACGUUUAGAUACGUUCCGCAAGUGGGUUGGUGUGGCGACAUUGCGAAGCCUUGAGAUAGCAUCGGUGCCCGAGGAACUGCAGGCUGAACAACUUAGCACUCUUGUGCUACGUGUUCUCUAUCGUCUGCGAUCGCUAUCGGAACAGACUCCAUUUGAUGCCGCAACCUUUUCCUAUGCAUUCCCACUUCUUGCGCAAGUGUUAAUGAAGGGUGGUGUAGACACCGGCCAAGAUGAUGGCGAUGAAGCGCUCGAGCAAAUAACUCUCGUGCUCGACAUCAUCAGGUUUCAUUGCAGCGAAUUUUCGGAUGUAGCAUUUCCCCGAACAGCAACCAUGAAGCACGUCCUCCACGUCAUAAGACAUCAGCCACGACUUAGUAAGGAAGCUUCAUCUGUUCUCAUUGACCUCGGAGAGGCUGUGCAGUCGAAUGCGACCCGCGAAGAGAUUGGUGUUCUCAUGGAUGGCACAUUAUUGCAAGAAGUCUAUGUCAGGAACGCUUGUCUGCAAGCCAUCCAGCCAUUCGAUUUGACCGAUCUUGAUUGGUCUCCACAACUUUGGAUAUCCUGCCAUGAUGACGACGAGCAGAAUGCCCGUCUCGCCAAUCACGCAUGGGAGGAUAACGGCUUGGAUGUGCCAGAAGAUUUCCUCGACAAGCUCAUGCACUAUCUCGAGCAUAACAACGCAUACGUUAGAACCAGCACGGCAUCGGCCAUAGCGGAGGCUGUGAUUUAUUGGCCUCGAAAGAGUGCACUGACCAUAGCUGCUCUACAAAACUUCUACCGGGAAAAGGCAAAGAUUCUUGCACCCGAGUUCGACGAAUAUGGCAUGGUUAUUGCUUCUAGCCUCGAUCGCUCCGAUCCAUGGGCUACCCGGGUGGCAGUGGCCCUUGCAUUUGAACACUUGGCUCAAUCAUUCACAGAGGACCAGGUUGAACCAUUCUUUGUAUUCUUGAUCAAGGAUGAAGCAUUAGGCGACAGGUCACCGGACGUGCGCCGCGGCAUGCUUCGGGCUGGAACUGCUGUGAUCGACAUGCAUGGCUCAAAGCGGCUUGCGGGGCUACUCUCGACUUUUGAAGAGCAUCUAAGUGGCCCAAGUGCCGCGAAUGAAACUGGGGAUCAAAUCAAGGAAGCCGUUGUCAUUCUGUUCGGACGCGUUGCCAGGCAUCUCGACGCCUCGGACACACGCAUUCCCAGUAUCGUCAACCGUCUGGUUGAAGCUCUUAAGACUCCAGCAGAACAAGUUCAAAUAGCUGUUUCCGACUGUCUUGUCCCUCUAGUCAAACUCAUGGGCCCAAGCGUUCGUACGCUCGUUGAUCACUUAUUUGAGGAACUCUUCGAUGGAUCGAAAUAUGCCAGUCGACGGGGAGCUGCCUAUGGUCUUGCAGGUACCAUCAAGGGUUUCGGGGUUGGCGCCAUGAAGGAAUACGAUGUCAUCAACCGUCUCCGGACAGCUGCUGAGGAUAAAAAGCGUUUUGAAACGCGUCAAGGUGCAAUGUUUGCAUUCGAAACUCUGUCAAAUACACUUGGUCGACUAUUCGAGCCAUACAUCACAUUUAUCCUACCCAUUCUGUUGACAGCGUUCGGUGAUACGACAGCAGACGUACGCGAGGCUGCUCAGGAUGCAGCAAGGGUAAUCAUGGGUAAUAUGUCUGGAUAUGGCGUUAAGCUCAUUCUCCCUUCAUUAUUGUCCGGUUUGGACGAAAAACAGUGGAGAUCCAAAAAGGGCUCCAUUGAAUUGAUGGGCAUGAUGGCUUACUGCUCGCCCCGGCAACUAUCACUAUCACUCCCCAUUGUCAUUCCACGCCUUACUGGCGUUCUGACGGAUACCCAUGCUCAAGUCAAAACCGCAGCCAACAAGAGUCUAAAACAGUUUGGAGAAGUCAUCAAUAACCCUGAGAUACAGGCUCUUGUUCCAACGUUACUGAAGGCGCUUGUGGAUCCUGCGAAGACGACGAACGCUCUGUCAGCCCUCCUGAAGACGUCGUUCAUGCACUACAUCGAUCACUCUUCUUUGGCGUUGGUCAUACCCAUUAUCGAGCGUGGACUAAGGGAACGAGGAACAGAGGGCAAGAAGAGAGCCGCUCAAAUUGUUGGUAAUCUCGCAUCUUUGACGGACUCUAAGGAUUUCGUACCGUACUUGUCUUCGCUCUUACCGUUGGUGCAUCUCGUUCUGGUCGAUCCCGUGCCGGAAGCACGCGCGACUGCUGCCAAGGCGCUCGGAACGCUUGUUGAACGUCUCGGAGAAGCCCACUUCCCCGACGUUGUUCCCGGGCUUUUGAGAACACUUAAAACCGAUACCUCAGGUGUUGAUCGACAAGGUGCGGCUCAGGGUCUCAGCGAAGUGCUUUCCGGACUUGGCAUGGAAAGACUUGAAGGCCUUCUCCCUGACAUCAUUGCCAAUGCGCAGUCCCCUCGGAGUACCGUGCGGGAAGGUUUCAUGUCUCUCCUCGUGUAUCUACCGGCUACCUUCGGCGCUCGAUUCCAACCACAUUUACCGAAGAUCAUAUCCCCCAUUUUGAGCGGACUGUCUGAUACGGAAGAGUAUGUUCGAGAAGCUGCUAUGCGAGCAGGGCGAAUGAUUGUUACCAAUUACUCCACCAAGGCGAUCGACUUACUCCUGCCUGAACUUGAGCAAGGCAUGUUCGAUGCUGGCUGGCGCAUUAGGCAAUCAUCAAUCACUCUGGUUGGAGAACUCUUAUUCAAGGUAUCAGGCAUUAGUGGAAAGGCUGAAGUUGAAGAUGAAGAGGAAGUGGCCGAUGUUGCAGUCGUAGAAUCUUCUCGUCGCGCGCUCACAGAUGUUCUUGGCGAAGAACGUCGUAACCGCAUUUUAUCGGCAUUAUAUCUUGCAAGACAAGAUGCAGUCAACGUUGUUCGGCAGUCUUCUGUUCACAUCUGGAAGGCACUUGUGCAUAACACACCCCGCACUGUACGUGAAAUUCUCCCGGAGCUGGUUGGUCAGCUGGUGAAACUGUACUCUAGCGAGGAGUUUGAACAGCAAGAGACUGCCACUCGUACCACGGCGGAGCUAAGCCGAAAGUCUGGCGAGAAGGUUUUGGGCGAAAUUUUCUCGAUCCUCCAUGUCAAAUCGCAUUCUCCUGAUAUUCGUACUCGCGAAGGUGUCUGCCUUAUGCUGUGCGACGUAAUAGAGAGUACAUCCGAUGCACAACGUGAUGUCCAUGAAAAUGAAAUCAUCAACAUGGUCCGUGCCUCGCUGGUGGAUGACGACGCUAGUGUACGUUCAGCGGCUGCGAAGGCAUUUGAUGUACUUCAAGAGCAUCUCGGCGCGAAAGCGAUUGACCAGACGAUCCCUACUUUGUUGGAGGCUCUACGCCAGCCAGGUGCAAGCUCAGACACCGCACUUCAAGCCCUCAGGGAGGUCAUGUCGGUCCGGGCGUCUACUGUUUUCCCUGUUCUUAUCCCAACCUUGAUUGCCACACCUAUGACGGUUUUCAAUGCCAGAGCUUUGGCGUCUCUUGUUACCGUUGCUGGUCAUGCCUUGAGCAAGCGCCUCAUCGUCAUCCUUGGUGCAUUGGUGAAGGUUUUGGAAGGAGACCAAGACGAUGAAUUACGGAGCGCUAUUGACGAGGCUGUGCGCGCACUUUUAGCCUCGAUUGAAGACCCGGAAGGUUUGAACACCUUGAUGUUACUAUUCCUUGGAUGGGCCAAGAGUGAUGCGCCUAAACGACGGAUUAGCUCCUGCAAUCUCUUUGCAGUGUUUUGCGAGGAAUCUGACCUAGACUCGACGUUAUACCGUGUUGACUGGGUCCGCCAGCUUGUUUCUCUCUUUGAUGACCAAGAGGUUCUAGUCCACACCGCGGCUUGGCAAGCAUUUGAUGUAUUCGUCAAGUCAGUGCCAAAGGAAGAGCUAGAGUCCCUUGUGGUCCCCCUGCGCCGGACUAUCGAGAGUACGGGUGCACCUGGCCGAUAUGUUCCUGGAUUCAGUCUACAAAAGGGAGUUGCACCCACCGUCCCUAUCAUUAUUGCAGGUCUCACGAAUGGCAGUAACGAACAACGCGAAAAUGCAGCAUAUGCUAUUGGAGAUUUGGUGGAACGAACGGAGGAGUCUGCUAUCAAACCUUUCGUGGUGCCAUUUACUGGGCCCCUCAUCCGUGUUGCAACACAAGCCACCACAUAUCCUCCUGGUGUGAAGACCGCCAUCCUCAGCGCACUGGCCUCCAUGCUCGAGAGAAUUCCCGGUCAUGUUAAACCGUUCUUCCCUCAGCUUCAGCGCACGUUUGUCAAGGCAGUUAGCGAUACAUCCUCUGUCGUUGUACGAACUCGUGCAGCAGAUGCGUUGGGUAUCCUCAUGCACAGCCAGCCAAGAGUUGAUCCUGUUGUCACGGAGCUUAUCGCAGGUGCGAGAUCAAGCGAGGAAGAGAUUGCUGCUAGCUUUGUCCUUGCAUUAUCGAAUGUCGUGAAGAGUUCUUCCGCGCACGGUGGUAUUGGAGACAAGGCUAGGGAAUCCUGUAUUGAACUUGUCCACGACGCAUUCCGGGAAACACACGAGGAUCACUACGUUCAGGCAACAGCGACAUUGAUAGCCUCAUUAUCAGCAAAUCCGCAAUCACUGAAGCCGAUUGUAAAUGCAUACCUGAUAUCUGGAACACCUCCAUCGGCCCUAGCAUCGCAUGCCAUCGUUGCUAUCCUAUCUCCCGAUUCGGACCAUUACCUAGACCCAGCGGCUACGCUGUUCGCUAAACUGGGGCUCUUGCGCAGUGUGGCUCUGAAAGUCAAAGAAAGUGCUGGCAACGAACGCCCCACUAUAUCAAGACCUGCGAGAGAAGCCAGAGACAUAUUGAAAAACAUGGUAGCAGACGAGGAGAGCCUUGCUGGGAUAUUCUGAUGCAUUUUGGCUGUGCACCAUCUUGAUGAUCUUACGAACAUUUCUCUGAUCCUAUCAAUGAUUUACCAAUGGGCUGGCUCUCAAAAGUCUGUAAUACAUAUU